AUGCUUGUGCUUGUAGUCACUGUAUCUGUUGCCAAUGUGUUUUUUGCUGCUGGAGUCUCUUGCUUACCCCUAAUGGACCAGGGCCCAUACCUGGACCAUGGCUGGGACCAGGUUGUGCGCUUGAGGCACUUGUAUGCUACGAGGCCAGGACUGCACCUACUGAUCAGUGCAGAUGGAACGAUCCAUGGCUCUGCAGACCAAACAGUGUACAGUCUGCUGGAGAUCCGACCUGUCGAUCCAGGCUGUGUCGCCAUCAGAGGAGUUGCAACUUCAAGAUUUCUCUGCAUAGAGGGCGAUGGAAGACUGUACUCAUCGCACAUCUACAGCAGAGACGACUGCGCCUUCAGAGAGAAGAUCUUAGCAGACGGGUACAACGUCUACACCUCUGACAAACACGGAGCCUUGCUCAGUCUGGGAAACCAGCGGCAAAGGCUGCAGGGCAGAGACCGAGGUGUCCCGACCUUGGCUCAGUUCCUCCCGAGGAUCAGCACCCUGGCUCAGGACUCCGCCUCCGGACGGGACCUCCAUGAGCAGCCGUGGCAGAGUGCAGCACAGACAGAGGAACCCGUGGACACAAUGGAUUCUUUUGGAAAGCUCUCUCAGAUCAUUCAAAGUCCCAGCUUCCACAAAAGAUGAAAGAGCAGGUCAGAGACACCUGGAAACCACUGUGUCCUCAGAGGUUCUGAGCACCGAGCACUCCGCCCUGUACGUCGCACAACCAGGGACUCACGGCAUCUAGAGCCCACCUGCUCCUGUGGAAGUGAAUCAGCUGUGAAACACGAGCGCACAGUCUGACAGAGUACAGAACACUGACAUCUCCUCUGUUUUUAUACAAAUUCUACAACCAAACAAUCAAAGACGUUGUUUCACCAUGUGUGAUGUCACAGUGCUCUCAUGUGAAACCAUGAGCCAUCGUUUGAGGUCAGACGACCUUUGUUUGAUAAAUCUUGGUGAACAAUAGUUAUAGUUCCACAGACUUUUAUAACAUCACCAGACUUUCUCCUUCAUUUCCAUUUCCAUUACGACACCAACAGAGGUCACUGCCACACUGUUGUGUUUGGACCUCAGACGAUGAACUGAGACUGUAGGUGUUUUUAGACUUCCUGCUCAGAGCGGUGACGAGUGUGCAGUGAGGAAAAGAAGAGCAGAAGUGUUGUAUUUAUUAAGUUAUUUAAAUAGCCAACAGUAGAACUGUAAAUACCUUGUAUGUAUG